AUGGAGAUUAUAGUAAUUUUGGCAAAGAAGAAUCUACCAAUGGGGUAUGUAACCCAUGCAAUAGAAAAAGAAAGUGAAGAGAAAAAAUCAAAUCCAAUCAAAUUCAAAAAUGCACCAUUAUCUUACCGUUCAGAAAUUAGCAAUAAGCUUAGUAAUUUGGAAUAUCAAUAUGCCAAAGAAAAUGGUCUUCUAGGAAAAGUCUCGUUGAAACAGAAAAGCCAUCAAAGCCAUCAAAAGUUGGUCUUUUCACUAGGUUUGGCCGUUGGGUAA